UCUAAAUUAUUGUUUUUUUUCAGGCCAUUGGUAUCUGACACUGUGCCAUAAAAUUACUUCAAUUAUGUGGAGGCGACCAGUUCUUGUUUUGCUAUAUUUGACAGUUGUGGUUGUGGUUACAUGGAUGGUAGAGCUAGGUUUCUGGUGGGACACCAGCUAUACAUCAUAUCAGAUUGUAAAUCCUCUUCGAAACCUCACUGUAACACAAAUAAGAACUUUACUUGAGAUGAGAGGCAUUCAAUAUGCCGCCUUACUUGAGAAAUCUGAAAUAAUUGAACUACUUCAAAAGUCAGGUCCUGUUCAGUAUGGAGAAUUAUUAGGGAGAAUGCACACUGCUGAAUCUCAUGGUCCUCUUGAAAUAUCAGGGAAAGAAGAUUUUAAUGAGCAGAUUUAUGAAGAAAAAGAGUCAAUUUGGUUGGUUGAAAUAAUACCUGGGGAAGGACAGUAUGCUGGACAUAGAGUACUUGAUGAUCGAGCAUGGCAUUCUCUGUCGCCAAAGUUGCAAACCCUUCAAAUUAAUGGCGCCAUAGUUAGCUGUCAGUAUGACCGUAGAUUUUGUGCUAGACAAGGAUGGAGCCACCCUCAGUUACUGUUGAUUCUGCCUUCAAAUGAGCAUUUUGAAAAAUCAAGUCGUUCACGAAACCUUGGUCGAAUAGCUGUCAGGAAGAAUAUUGCUUUGCCAUCUGCUGUUCAUUUGCCUGUCAGUGCAGUUUUGACUUGGCUUUAUGAGCAGAUUUUGUUGAGAGUCAAAGUGGUGGAUAAUGUGAAAGCACUGGAAGAAACGUGGAUUAAUGUGACAAAUGUAGCUGAGAAAAAGAUUCCCCAUGUUGUUUAUAUCUCCGAACUACUGAGUCCUCCUUUACUGAUUGCAACUCUAGGGCUGCGCUUGUCAAGUCGCAUUAAGUUGGCAGCAUUUUCUGUUAAGAAAGAAGAGAAGGAGCAGGUUUCACGCUUACUCAAAAAGUCUGGACUUAGUGGAGUUCCUACAGUUGCAGUUGUCACAUCUGAAGGGAUUACAUCUUAUGGAGGGAAAAAAGGAGAAUCCAUGACAAGACAAGCACUAGAUUCCUAUAUAUGUAUGUUACAACCACGGAUGAAUGAUGUUUUCCUUAUUUCCUUAGUAGGGGCCAACUUGUUUGCUGUUGCUGACUUUUUUUAUAUUUUUGAUUAUAGACUGAGAGCUUGGAAACAUGUGGUUCGUACCUUUUUAAGAGUACUUGUGUAUAAUGUUACUGUGUUUUUGGUGUGGCUCGCUGUUACGGCAUUACUCAAGUUUUCGUACGUUGAUGCCGCUCUUCAGUCUGGGUCUUGGUUAAUGAGUUUUUUCAAUAGUACCUGGCUUUUUGGGCAGCUGAGAUAUCACUGGUUAAUGGUAGAAAAUCAUCCAGUGAUAUUUUGGAUGUCAGCCAAAAUAUUUGGUAUCAUGGUGAUUAUAUGGAGGGUAUGCUUUAGAAGGAGUGGAGACCAAGAAGAAGUUGAUUCUAACUGGUGGGCUUUAUUCCCAAUGGAUUCAUACCUAGUUAAUGUACUCUUUCGACCUAUGGCAUCGUUAUCUCGACCACGACCAUCUCAAGAUUUAGGAUUAGAGGAAGGAAUGGAGCUUCUGAUAGAAAGAUUAGCAACACCAGACUUGUGGUUGCACCCAGUGAUACCAACAGAUUAUAUGAAACACUUGCCAAUGUGGAGAUUUGAUGGAUGGGGAAAUGAAGAUGACUUAAAAUCGGAAAGUGAAACCGAUGUAGACAGUGUCAGUGAAAAUGAGAAUGAUACUUUGUUAGAUUCUCAUACGUGUUGUCAGGAUGAAAAUUGCCGAUUAUGUGAGCUUUGGACAACUGUCAAGGAAAUAUAUGUGUGCCAUAGAUGUGCCAUUUUAAAGCGUAAACUAGAAAGACAGUACUUAAGGUAUAGAAGAAUUGGUGAUAGAAUCCAUCAAAAUCUUGCAUAUGAAAGACUUUUGAAAGUCUGUGAAAGCUGUUCUAAAACUAGGAAGCAGCAAAAUAUGAAUGAAAAUUCAAAACAAUUAACUAAAAGUGUAAGUAAUUCACGAUGGUUGUUGUCACCACAGCGACUCACAGAACUUAAAUGGACAGCACCUCCUCAUGCAAUUGAAAGUCGCAUAUGUGCAAUCUGUCUUAGCCGCUAUCGAUGGUCAGCCGUAUUAUGUGGUCUCCCAUGUGGACAUCACUAUCAUCAUUCUUGCAUUACAGAAUGGCUGUUAAAAGAUAAUCAUCAUUGCCCAACUUGUCGGUGGCCUUCUUAUAAAAGUAAACCAUCAAAUAAUCUUUCUCACGAUCAUGAAGAAUAAACUUUAUCUUUAGGAUACAUGAUGCAAUUUUUAUAUCGAAUAAUUUCAAAUAUAAAUGUAUUUGUUAGCUCUAAGUAAAUUUCCGAAUAUGUUGCUUGUGGAUUCUCAUUUAAUUGGAUAUUAAGAGACAGGAUCUAUAGUCAAGCAAAUGUAACGUGUUAAAUGAAAAGAUGUGUAAUGUUCAUCUGUAGAUUUGAUGUUGGAUAGACUCGGCAAUGUGUCAAGACUUUAUAAUUAAAAUUUUGAGAAGUGGAUGAUUGUAUAAUGUUCGUCAUUCAUGAUUUUAAGCAUGUCUUCUUAGUAUUUGGUCACAUUGUGGUUUUCUCUAAGGUUGAAUUUUGGAAAGCAAAAGCAUAUGAUAUUUGGUUUGAACCAGCACAAGAAAGAAAAAAGUACUUUUCUGUCAGACAAGAAACACACUAUAAAUGUGCCCUGUUGUUUUUCAAUGCUUGUGAAACUUCAGAUGACUCAUUACACUUAAGUAUUCGCAGUUAA